UGUCUCUCUCUUACACGGAAAAAAUAAAUAAAUUUAAUAAAUAUUACUUACAAAAAUAAUAAAAAAUAAAAAAAUCGAAAAAGCAGAGGAAACCAUACAUAAUUAAACGGAACUAAACUACUCGCUCUCUCUCCAGUUGCGUCCUCCGUCAAUAUCUUAUUUCUUCCAGACAUUGUUUUGUCUGUAUUGGACGAAGAUGUAUGUUACCUGCAUUCCGUUGUUGAUUCCAAAUUAGGGUUUUUGCUUCUGGAGAAGACGUUGGGUGGAUGUGGUUCUAGGGUUUUCUAUACACGUAUUAUUCAGACAGCUGCUGCAGUAAUGGGUUGCGGUAGACUGUGAUGAAAAGCUGGUUCAAUGAAAUGGGUUUGUGUGAGAAUUCGGUUAUAGUUGAAGAACCCGUCUGCUUGUCACUUUCCGGGCAUCAUUUAUGCUCGGAGUUUCUGGUGCAAUCCGUAUCCGAUCAGCACUAUAGUUCGGGGCUUUCUCACCAGUUAAUUGAUUCAAACAUGGACCUUGCGACCGGACCUAGCAGGUGCUUGGACUUGGCUAGCAAUAACGAAACUACUUGUUUAUGUUCUGAUCAUAUUGCAGAGGAGUGUACUGUUAACGGAGAUAUACUGAGAGGGGAGAAUGAGAGUACAAAAGUAAUGACAUUGGAAAAUUUGUCGAAAAAUGACUCUGGAGAUGAUAGGGAUUGUUUGAACGAGAAUUACAUUGACAUAGAUGUUUGUACUAUGGAAAGGGGCGGGGAUUGCUUAAAGGAAAGCAAGCCACAGGGUGAAGAUGGCUUGGGAAAUGCAGUAGGGAACUGUGACAUACCCACGGAAGCUGCUGGUUUUCCGUUGAACUUUAACGGAGAUCAGCAGGUUGAUACCACACAGGAGCUUAUUGUUAAUGGAGAUAUGUUGACUGAGCAUAAUAAAAAUACAGAUCUUUUUCCAUUGGAGUUUGCGUUGAAAAAUGACUCCGGGGACAGUAGGGUUUGUAUGAACGAGAAUCACAGUGACACUGAUGUUUGUUCUACGGAAAUGGCCGGGGAAUACUUCAACGGAAGCAAGCCACACAUUGAAGAUGGCCUGGGAAAUCUAGGAGGGGAGUGUGAGUUAUCGUCGGAAGUUAUAUCUUUAAGUGGUUUGUCAAUGAACUGUGAUCAGCAGGUUGAUACUACACAGCUGCGUACUGUUAAUGCAUAUACAUGGGCAGGGGAUAUUGAAAAUUCAAGUGUUUUGGCAUUAGAUCAUUUUUCGGAAAAUGACCCUGGAUACAGCAGGGUUUGUUUGAACGAGAAUCUUGGUGAAAUUGGUGUUUGUACUAAUCAGAGGGGUAGGGAAUGUUUGGAGGAAAGCAGUGUUCUAGGUGAAGAUGUCUUGGGAGAUUGUGAAGUACCCUCGGGAGUUAUAUCUGUUACUGGUUUGCCAAUAAACUGUGAUCAGCAGGUUGAGCAGACCGAUGAUAAAAUUGACAAAUAUCUUUCUGUGGAGGUGAUUGAAGAUAAAGGUAAUGUUGUAGCUGAGGUGAACAGUGAUUUGUGUGAAAAGGAAUCUCCGUUACAUGAUUGUGAAAGUUUAGAAUUGGUACCCCUGAAUGGUGUGCUAGGUAACACUUUCAAACAAAAGGAGCAGGAUUUUGAGAGUGUUUGUGCUUCUUCCUUGGAAAAUUUAAGUGUUAAGAUUGUUGAUUCUGUUGGGUCAGAAGAUGACAUGUGUAACAUGGUGGCACCCUUACAGCACGGUGGAAUAUUUUCAGAAGCAUCAUGUUCUGGCGAAGAAGUGAGUAAUUGUGACUUGAAGAAUGAUAAAAAUAACUGCAUCAGUUGUAUCUUGGUGGAGAGUAGUACCGAAGCUGUUCAAAUGGAAAGCAAUAUUGAGACGGCCAACCAUGUGUCACUUUCCACAAGUACGGACAAUAUAUACAAGUAUGAGUCACCAAGUAUUUGUGUCCAACAGUGUGAGCAGAAUAGUGAUAGAAGUGUUGAUACUCCCCAUACUAAACAGGUUAUGGAGUUUGUUGAAGAAAAAAGUGAUGUAAGUAUAGAUACAAAAGUUGUUGGACAGGAGAUGCUUCCUAAUAAAGAAAUUGCAUGCAAUCUCUACGAAAGCUCCUCUUUCAUGCCUUCCAAAUGUGUAAUUGAAAAAUCUGGUUCUUUGCAAUCUUCUCAACCCCUGGGUGUUGUUAAUGACGACUCUUCUGGAAGGUUGGAUGUGGCAGACCAACUUGGCAGUCACAUAUAUGGUCCCAUUAACUCUAGCAGUCAAGUCGAGUGGUAUAGUCAAACAGAUUAUCAAGGGAAAGAUAAUGAGAAAAUUGAUUAUGUUUCAGAAACUAAAAGCUUUGACAUUGUAUCAUCAACUGCUCAGAGGAAUAGCCGAAGAGGUAGAUCAAUCAGAAAGACUUUUACAACAAAGACUACAAGGAAAGGCAAAACCAAAGUACCAAUUCCAUCUGGAGGUAUCAAAAUUGCAGUCCAGGGCAGAAAGAAGAGAAGUUGUCUGUCCAAAUCAGCUCGUUCAUCUGCUUGGGGAUCAUUGGGAAACGUUACACAACUCUUUGAGAAUAGUAAUGGACUUGAGGUCAUUAAUCAAGGAUCACUGAAAGCAAAUGGUGGAAGGAAAAGUGGAAAGCAAAAAAAGAAAGGGGCUACAAUAAGAUCACAAGGUUCCAGGAGAAAAUCUAGUGCUUCAAAUACUAAUAUCCGUUUGAAGGUUAAAAUGGGGAAAGAUGAAUGUCAAAGUUUUAUGACUGCCAUGGUUCCCGAGGUUGUUGAUACUUCAGCCUCAUCUACUGCUAAUGGUUGUGAUUUUGGUACUGAAUUGUGCUUGGAAUCAGCAAAAGUUGCUAACGAUGCUGAGGAUGACUGGAGAAAAGAUGAGAUUACCACAGAGUUUAAGUGUUUAAGCACAAAUCCAAGUGAUUUUUUAAAUGACUUGGACAGCAAUGUGGUCUCAGAAAAGUCAUCUAAAAAAGGGAGAGAUUAUUUUGGUGUUUCCUCCCAUAUGGUUGAUUCAUCAGGAGGGGCUACGGAUGACAGGUGCAAAGAUCCUGGAACUUCACCAGAUUCCGAAGUUAUUAAUUUAAUCCCUGAUGCUCAUGUUGAUUUUAGAAGUCACGAUGACUUCCAUGGUGCUGUCACUUCUCCCAAAGAUAUUGCCACAACUGGAGAUCUCAUCAGCAAUAAGAAUGCAAAGAAGAAAAAUAAGCUUUCUGGUUUAGGUAAUAGUAUUGAAGAAGAAAAAUCACUUCAUCCACUGAGAAUGAACAAAUCUAAACCAUUGAAGCUAUAUGAGAGAAAACAAAAUAGUAAUAGUGGCAUUAGCUCUAGCGAGAAUCUUAUUUCAUCAGCCAGAGCAAAUGCUUCAAGCAAUUCAUCAAGUAAUAUGGAUCCAUUGCACUUGUCAGAGGAGACUGCUGCUGCUACUAUUACUGCUGAGAUAUUCCAAGUUGAAAGUGGUACAGAAGUUGAAAUACCCAGCAAUCAAGAUACUGGUGCUGAUUUGUCAAAAUUACAGAACUCCAAAAGUUCUUUUCCUGAUGCUAAAACUAAAGGUCACAAAAUUCGCAAAGGCAAGACCCAGGGCUCUGAUUCAGGAAUUAAAAGUGUCAAUGUUUGCAGCCAGAAGGAAACCCAACGAAGUUCUGUUGGUAAGAAGAAUACCAAGGAGAAGUCUGUUUGUGGUAACAUUACUUGCAAAGAGGAAAGUCAACCAGAAGCAGGUGUCCAUGUGGGAGAUGGAAAAGUGAAAGCCAACUCUGGUGAAAAUUUGGCUUGCUUAGAACCUAAGCCAAACAUGUUACCAGGUUCUACCGGGGAGCAAUAUUUUCCUUUACGGAAUGCUUGGGUGAGUUGUGAUAAUUGUCAUAAAUGGCGGCGCAUACCGGCUGAAGAUGCAGAUACUAUAGAAGAAAUAAAGUGCACAUGGACAUGCAAGGACAACAUGGAUAAAAGCUUUGCUGAUUGCUCGAUCCCUCAAGAGAAGUCAAAUGCAGAUAUUAACGCAGAAUUGGAAUUAUCAGAUGCCUCGGGGGAAGAAGAUGUCUCUGGUAUCCUUGUAAAUCACGAGGUCUUAGAAUGCAAGCGUCCAAGAGAUCCAAAAAAGACUGCUGCGUGUGUCAGUAUUAGGACUAAUCAGUAUCUUCACCGUAGUCGGAAAACACAGACAAUUGACGAGAUGAUGAUUUGCCAAUGCAAACCUCCUUCAGAUGGCCGGUUGGGUUGUGGAGAUGAUUGCCUGAAUCGAGUGCUAAACAUUGAAUGUAUGCAAGGGACCUGUCCGUGCAGAGACCUUUGUUCAAAUCAGCAGUUUCAAAAACGCAAGUACGCAAAACUGGAGAAGUUUCGAUGUGGGAAAAAAGGUUAUGGGCUCAAGUUGCUUGAGGAUAUAUCCAAAGGACAAUUUCUUAUUGAAUAUGUUGGGGAGGUGCUUGAUAUGCAAGCUUAUGUGGCACGACAGAAAGAGUAUGCUUUGAAGGGUCAUAAACAUUUCUACUUUAUGACACUUAAUUGCAAUGAGGUCAUAGAUGCAUGUGUAAAAGGAAAUAAAGGACGGUUCAUUAACCAUAGCUGUGAUCCAAAUUGUCAGACAGAAAAGUGGAUGGUGAAUGGAGAGAUUUGUAUAGGACUCUUUGCAUUGAGAGAUAUAAAGAAGGGUGAAGAAGUGACAUUUGACUACAACUAUGUCAGGGUAUUUGGGGCUGCUGCCAAAAAGUGUUAUUGUGGUUCUCCCCAAUGCCGAGGUUAUAUUGGUGGUGAUCCUCUUAACAAGGGAGACGGUAGUCAAAGUGGUUCAGAUGAAGACUAUCCAGUCCCCACGAUGCUUCCCGAUGAUGGUGAGGGCGGCUUAAUGCACAAAGCCAGUUCCUGUAAUGAUGUCAUAGCACCAAUUUCUGAGAGUAAUCUGGACAAAAGAGAUGAAAGGGAUAAAUACACUGCUGCUCUUGGGAAAUUAGAGAUUUCUACAGGAAAAGAGGACUCCAUGAAUUACUCUGCUUCUGUCAUUUCCCAUGUAGAUGAUGCAUUAGAGUUGGACUUGAAGGGAAAAUUGUCCAUUUCUGAUGAAACUUUAGAAAUUUCCCAACAAAGAGACGAUGUUACUUGUAAGCUCAUUCCAUCUGUUCAUGAAAAAUCGUCAAGCUCUUCUCAAAGAUUUAAUCGAACUUCACCUGUUGAGGUGCUCAGCAAAUCCUUGCGUGAUGGUGUUGAUGGUAAUAGGAGGUCCAAGUCCGACAUUGCCGAUGAUAGGCUGCUUUCUUCUAAAGCUCAUCCUAAUAUGAAAACUUCUCACUCAUCCAAUGUCCUUAAAAAAGGAAAAGUUAAGAUUAAUUCCCCAAAUGCUAGCAAAGUUCAGAUGUUAACCAAGAAAUCUCAAGUGCUACAUAUCAGGCCCAAAAAAGCAAUAGAAGGCUCUUUUGGUAACCGUUUUGAAGAAGUUGAGGAGAAACUUAAUGAUUUACUGGAUGCUAAUGGUGGAAUAAGUAAGCGGAAAGAUGCCCCCAAAGGCUACUUAAAGCUUUUAUAUCAUACUGCCAAAUCAGGUGAUAGUGCCAAUGGUGAACCUAUUCAGAGAAAUCGAGAUCUUUCAAUGAUUCUUGAUGCUCUUUUGAAAACAAAAUCACGGCUGGUGUUGACUGAUAUAAUCAAUAACAAUGGUUUGAGAAUGCUACACAAUAUUAUGAAGCAGUACAAAGCAGACUUUAAAAAGAUACCUAUUCUUCGGAAGCUUCUCAAGGUCCUGGAGUAUUUGGCAGUCAGGGAGAUUAUUAACUGUAGACAUAUUAGUAAAGAUCCUCCUUGCCCUCAAAUGGAGAGUUUUACGGAGUCAAUUCUGUCACUGACAGAGCACGGUGAUAGACAGGUCCAUCAGAUUGCACGGAAUUUCCGAGACAGGUGGAUUAGAAAACAAGGCAGAAAACUUUCUCAUAUGGACAGGGAUGAAAACAAGACCGAACUUGCUAGGAGUUCAAACUGCAACAGAUUUAUUGUCUCACAGAAUGAUCGGUCCGAUCAUGCUGGGAGACCUUCAGAAGCAAUUGAUUGUGUCAAGCAACCGGUGGUUGCUACAACCUUGGUGAGUGCAGGCAUCCAGGAGGGAUCUUCUGCAUCACAUACUAGUGUUUUACCUAUUAGUGGGACAAGAACUCGCAAGCGUAAAAGCCGAUGGGAUCAACUAUCGUGGGAUUAUCCAGCAGUGACAAAUCCAGCUUCUAGUUCUCUUCAGCACAAGGAACUGAAUGUCGAGCCCAUAGGGUUGGAGUCUAGCUCAUUACCCUGGACGAACAGAGAGGACAAAGAUGUUUCUGGCUGCACAAAUGAUCAAUAUCAGCUUGAUAAAGUUGGUAUAGCUCAUGAUGUAAAACAGAAUACUGCCGACGAUGUUCCACCAGGGUUCUCAUCUCCCCUUACGCGCCCUAUGGGAUUAUCAUUCAGUCCCUCAAUGGUUUGCCAUUUGAAGUGUCCUUCUGACACUGCUAUUGGGCAGCCACAUGAAAAAUUUAUCUCUCGCUUACCUGUUUCGUAUGGAGUUCCUCUGUUCAUCAUGCAGCAAUUUGGAACUCCGCAUGCUGAAACUGUGGGAAGUUGGGUGGUUGCUCCGGGCAUUCCUUUCCAUCCCUUUCCACCAUUGCCCCCACUUCCUUGUGAUAAGAAAGGCUCUUCACCUUCAGAGAACGGACACUGUCUGUUGAUUAAUCAAACUGCAGAAGAGCAACAUGACUGUCAUCUUCCUCCGACUCACUCAAACGAUAGCACUCCUAGCACAACUGGUAACCUAUCAGAUGUGGAGACUUCGUGUACAGACAAUCAACAUACAUUUAAACGAGGUAGAGAAUGGUCACAAGAUUUGGGAACAAGGUAUUUUAAACAGCAGAAGUGGAAUAGUUUAAAACACGGAUCCCCAGGCCAUUUAAGAAGGAACGAGACUGGAAGCUCAAAAGGUGAUACAAACUGCGUAAGUAUAGGACACAUAACAAGCGAGCUUAGAGGUACAUAUUGUUCAGAAAGUAUAAGCUGUGGUGUAGAGAAAGCUGGUAAUAAUUGUCAUCAGCAUCCAGAGAACCACAGUCAACAUUGAUUUUUAGGAAGAGCCACUUGUUUCCUUUUCUUCAUUUCAUGUAUUCCCAAUUCAUUUUGUUUUUUGUUUUCAUGUGGGUUCUUUCCGUUUUGAAUGAAAAAUUGCAUUCGAUAUUGAAUUGAUGUGAAAAUAUCAACACACAAAAAUAGGCUUCUCCCAUACGGUGACAUGUUUUUGAUGGAUAUUCAUUGGUCCAUCUUGUUGACUCGAAGAGAGGCUCUUUUUUCUUUUCUUAAUUAAUUAAUUAAUUUAUGUAUCAUUCUCAUAGGGAA